UGUCCUUCUCAUGCAAGAACACCUUUAUCUCCUGUGUGUAGACAAAGGCUCUACCGAGACAUCGAGGAGGCAGUUCCAGAUUGAUGGAGAACAAUGGCACGGAUCUCGUUGGACUGUGUGAACUCUUUACCAGGGAUCCCCCUGAGUGUCCUGUCAGUGCCCAUGGAGAAUAAAUACAAAUGUCAGCAGUGUCUCCAGGUCCUGAGGAAGCCUGUUCAGGCUCAGUGUGGCCACCGCUUCUGCGUUUACUGCUUCAAGCACCUCACCAGUUCUGGGCCAAAGCCUUGUGAAGCCUGUCGCCAAGAGGAAAUGUUUGAGGAGCCUACGUCCAUUCUCAACAGUAAUGAGGCAUUUCCUGACAAUGCAGCAGGACGAGAGAUUGCAAGUCUGCCGGCCAGGUGUUUGAAUCAGGGCUGCAACUGGACAGGCUCAAUAAAAGAGUAUGAGGCACAGCAUGAAGGCCGCUGUGAAUUUGAGCAAAUACAGUGCGAGGCCUGCCAAGCCUGGGUCGUCCGUACAGAGAAACAGCGACACGAUGAGAGAGAGUGUGAGGCGAGAACACUCAACUGCAAGUACUGCAAGAUGACGUUCAACUUUAAAGAAAUUAAGGCUCAUGAUGAAAUCUGCCUGAAGUAUCCUUUACAAUGCAAGGACUGUGGCAAGAAGAAGAUCCCAAGAGAAAAGUUCGGUGAUCACACCAGGACCUGUACCAAGUCGAAGAGUGCCUGUCCAUUCAGUGAAGUGGGCUGCAAAUCUGUGAUAGAUAAUGGAAAACUCAGUGACCACGAAAACAGCAGCACCAUGGAGCAUUUGCGCCUGCUGUUGCCCAUGGUUCUGUCCCUGUGUCGAGCACGUGCAGAUGCUCCUUGUCCUGGAGAGUGGCAGGAGGACUCUGGUCUGGGCCUGUACAGAGCUCCUGAGGAGGGAGUCACAGUGGGCACCGGGGCCACAUACUCCUCACAGUCUGUGACCCUCGAAAAAAAGGUGACCGCUUUAGAAAACAUCGUGUGCGUCCUGAAUCGCGAAGUGGAGCGCAGUUCGGUUACAUUGGAGGCUUUUUCGCAUCAACAUCGUUUAGACCAAGAGAAGAUUGAAAGUUUAUCCAACAAGGUACGGCAGCUGGAGAGGAUGGUGAACAUGAAGGACUUGCAGCUCUCUGAGAGUGAACAGCUGGUGCGAGAACUCCAGUAUUGCACCUACGAUGGGAUAUUUGUCUGGAAAAUCACAGACUUCUCACGCCGCAGACAGGACGCUGUGGCAGGACGAACGCCUGCCAUGUUCUCACCUGCUUUUUACUCCAGUAAAUAUGGCUACAAAAUGUGUCUGAGGCUGUAUCUGAACGGCGACGGAACCGGCCGAGGGACGCACCUCUCUCUGUUCUUCGUCGUCAUGAGGGGCAGGUUUGAUGCGCUGCUGAAAUGGCCUUUCAGUCAGAAGGUGACUCUGAUGCUCUUGGAUCAAAACAACCGGGAGCACAUCAUUGACGCGUUCCGCCCCGACAUCACCUCCACGUCCUUCCAGCGGCCGAUCAGCGAGAUGAACAUCGCCAGUGGGUGUCCGCUGUUCUGUCCACUCGCCAAACUGGCCGGCAAAAGCCCAUAUCUGAGAGAAGACACCAUUUUCAUCAAAGCCAUUGUAGACCUCACAGGCUUGUAAAGUGUAGACUGUGGAAGCUGCACCAAAGUUUCAGGAGGGAAAAACAGACAAACACAAGAAGUAAUUACUAAUGAUGUUAAAUACUGAUAAUAUAGAUAUCUAUAUAUAUAUAUACACAAAUAAUUACUAUAAAUAUCUGAGCAUGAUAUUACAUGACAUGAUACAUAUGUUGAGACAUUCUGCUGGAUUGUUUAUAGAUAUAACUAAAAUAAUCUUAUUUUAUAUAAUAUACAUAUAUAAAAGUCAUGUACAAGUAUAUACUAUAUAAGUACAUACUUAAAAAAAUGUGUGUUGUUGGGAAGUCACCUUCAUUAACAUACAAUGUUUAAAAAACUAUCCAUCACACGUGUUUGUGUGUGUGUGAAACACAUCAAUCAUUUAUCAUCAAUCGUCUCCUUGUGCACUGAAUAUAAAUUUGGCGUCUAUUAAUCUUUCCAAAAUAGUAAUCUGUCACUGGCGCCCCAGCUUCAAGUUAAACUUUAAUAAACUUUAACUUUUAACUAGUUAAAAAAUAAUCCCUUUUAAAUGUGCUCUGCACAUUAUACAAAAGAUUGUAGAUUAUACAAAACGCUUACACAAAAAUGUUACUCGAUAGCUCAUAUCUAGAAAUAUAGCAAUGCAGUUGUGAUUAAUAAAAAAAAAAUGUAUUUUUUGCUUAACCAAAAUUCCUGUUACAUAUUACUGUUUAUCUAUUUUUAUUUCAUUUAAUUAUUUAUUUUUAUUAAGUGGAUGAGAGAAGGCGCAGUAUGUGUACAGGGUGACUGAUGUGACAGUUGGGGGUGGCGGUGGGUCUCCAAGCUUUUUUGCUUUUUGGGGGCGACGACAGCCGUGAGCUACGUGAAGUCAUUUUUGGUUUUGAUGGUGGUGUAUUUUCCUUCCUGUUUUAAUAUCUUUGUGAAUACAGAGCGCACUUGUAUGUUUGAGAUUUAUUUUGAUAAAAAGCAAUAAAAUCUAUCAGAAAAAAAAAAAAAAAAUAAAACAACUAAACAUUAACGUUCUUACCGACAUUCAGUUCUACUCAUAUCAAAUAUUAUUUUUCACUUAAUUGUAUGUAGGGGUUUUCUUUGUAUUGAAAAUUUGGGGUAAUUUUUUGAUUAUAUAUUUAUUCCAUUGUAAUCAUACUUCAGUGUAGAAAUUUAAAAGAAAAAAGAAAAUGGAUUUGAGAGCCUGAAUCUGGAUAAAAUAAUCUGUAAUUCAGAAGAUUGUUUAAUGCUAUAAAGAUUCAUGCAUCAUAUUUCACAAUUGCAUCACUUGUUGCUGCUGUCCAAAAAUGUGUUGCUUUUCAUUUCUUAGUUCUUAUUUGCCAAUAUUCACCAUCAUUUUCCUUUGUCCUAAAUGUUAUUAAACUGAAAAUAAAUAAAUAAACUUCCCAAUGCAAUAGGAAAA